CCGCUCUCCUGCCGGUUGCCGCCGCUCUCCUGCCACUCCCCGCAGCUUCCUGCCAUGGGCCCAGGAAAGGGCCGGGUUUAGAAACCGGACCGGCUUCGCCCUUCUGGAGGGGACGCGCGGGAGCCUGUAGUGUUUUUUAGAACUCACCCAAUGUUAAGAGUGUCACAGAAUCACAGAAUAUCCUGAGACGGAAGGAACACACAGGGAUCAUGGAUGGCCAUCCCCAGGAGCCGCACCGUGUGCCUGAGAGCACUGUGCAACUCUCCCGGGCCUGGAACUGUGACCACCUACCUGGGGAGCCUGAUCCCGUGCCCAACCACCAAGGGAUAAUGUCAGUGAUGUUUUUCUGACAUUAGGCAGCUUUGUCAGAAGUAAAAAAUCCUUACUAGUAUGCUGUUUGGGAGAUUCUGUGAAUGCCUUUCUUGUACUAGAAAUCACAAGCUAGGAUGAUCAGUGAAAAAAGUUGCAUCUGUAUUUUAGGAUUCCAUUGAGUGUAAAAUUGAUUUGUUCUAAGAUAGCGAUCCAAAUCGAGCUGUACAUGGCAGAAUACAGGGAGUUGGAAGAUUGCAGGAUAUCAAAUAAUAUGUGUGCAUUCAAAGAGAAGGAGACUCAGAAAAUAAAACUAAUUACUUAUUUUAGCCAUGUAAAACAUAUGGCAUGCUGAAUUUCCCAAUCAUGAAUACUAGAUAAUCAAUAUUUUAAUUAUUAUGAAUUUUAAUAAUUCAUGGUAAAUGCAUACUUAAAUACAUAUUACAAUUUAUGAAAUUAAUAAAUGCAAUUUAAAAUGUAUGCAAGUUUUAGUAAGUAGAUGUGUGCUUCUUGUAGAACUACAAUUUUUGUAGUCUGUAAGGUGAAAGUAGAGAGUACUGCAGGGCUUUGGAGAAAAUGGAAGAAUUUUCUUAUGAUUAGAGGCUGCUCUGGGGCUGUAGAUUCUGUCACUGACCAUGCUGCAAAGCUUCUGUGUGGUGAAGGAAGCCCACUUGAGGUCAUGGAAACAAUUAAAAGAACAGUCUGUGCACGUGUCUAUUUUAGCCAAAGUUUUCUUACAUGAUGGCAUAUUAUAUAAAUUAAUUUUCAGAUUAAUUUAUUUUGUAUUUGAGUGGAAAUCCUGCUGUUCAAGACUGGUGUGAACUACUGUGUCUUUCAAGUUGGCCUCUGUAAAAGCACGAGUUUUGUUCACUGCACUCCUGAGCUUUGACCUGCAGGACAAAACUGGUUCUGCAACUUGACUGAAAAAAAUAAGAGCUUUGCAGUUAUGAGUUUGGGCGCCUACCCAACUCUCAGGGUCCAUGCCAAGCUUCUUUUCAGUUAGUUUUCUUCUUUCUGCCCAUUUUUCUUGACAUCUUUAAAAAAAAAAAAUUCAUUUUUGCUACAAAAGUAAUUUGUUUAUGGUAUCUCCACAUCUGAUUGAAGAGAAGCUCCUAAUACAAAAUACACAACAGAUUGAUAAGUAUGUAGAAAAAUCAGCAGACACGCCUUGUAAGACACAUGCCACACUGGUGGGAACUUCCAGCCUUCCUCUUUCUGUUCCACAGCUCCCGUGCAGAAAUGAAAAUUAUGAUACAGCUUCUUUCCCUCCCUCACAGCGGUGUCUGAAGAUUAAUGCCAUCUUAGGACAUGCUUGAGUACUAGUCUAACAAUGAAUGCUCAGAUAAAAACUGGGAAUAAAACUGGUAGUUUUCUUUCUAGGGCAGUGUUUAAUGAGUGAAGUAUAAACAAGCUCCAAUAUACCCAGUGACUGAUGAGAUUUUGGCAAAGCAUACUGGUGAUCAUUGGUUAUUACUGUCCUUUUUCUGUAUAGAUGGCAGAAAAACAGUGGCAGGCUGUUCAUCUAAUGUCCAUGUCACUGUCAAUAAUAUAUGGAAGUUUGAUUUCUUUCCUCAUGUUGCCAUAUCCUUCCUCUUUCCCUAGGGUUGAUGUAGAAGUCACGUUUACUCACAUCUGUGGUUGUCUUUGAAGAUGUACAUAAAACAAAAUGAAAUCUGUUGAUGGAAAUUAUCUGAGAAAUGAGCAUUUGCCAUGCAUUAAUUUUAUUGUUGUUUUCUUUAAAAAUACCUGCAAACCUUAAUAAUUUUUGAAGUACAUAUUAAACCAACAUGUACAUGAUUUGCCAGUGUUUCUUGAAGUAUUUGGUUAAUUAUCUUCACACAGGAGACAUCAAAACCCAAAGUAUGCUCUCUUUUCUGAAUGAUUAAGCUGAGCUUCCCAUAACAUUUCACUAGCAAGUAGGGCUAUGACAGACUGCUAACAACAAAGUGAAAUCUGCUGUGGAGAAAAAAAAAAAUGAAAAAAAUGAGAAAAGAAGAAAACAAUGACCUCAAAGAUGAGCAAAGAAAAGGAAAAGCCAAGAUGCAACUCAAAAGAAAUAUAGGUUAUUUUGACGGGGUAAGUUUUAUUAUAGGAUCAAUUGUUGGAGCAGGGAUCUUCGUGUCUCCCACAGGGGUGUUAAAACAUUCCUUACUCAAUGUUGGCGUUGCACUAACAAUCUGGACCGCAUCUGGGCUGGUUUCUCUGAUGGGUGCCCUCUGCUAUGCGGAGCUGGGAACCGCUCUGCCCUUCUCUGGAGGAGAAUACAGCCACAUUAAAAGAGGCCUUGGAUCCCUACCCGCCUUCGUGUUUAUCUGGACAUCAACGUUCACCAAGCCAGCAUCAAAUGCUGCUCGAGCCUUGCUGUUUGCUGAAUAUGCCACACAGCCUUUCUAUGGCAUUUGUCCUGUACCAGAUGUGCUGAAGAAGUGCUUGGCCUUGGCCGUUCUCUGGUCCCUGGGAAUUUUGAAUGGGCUUAGCGUCAAAAUGUCUGCAUGGGUGCAGACAGUUUUCACUUUGCUGAAGAUGAUGGCCUUGUCUGUGAUUGCUGUCGGUGGCAUCGUUCUCCUUGUUACCAGGCAAAAGGAGAGUCUGGCCAGGUUUGAGGACAUGUUUGGCUCAGAGAUCCCCAAUGCUUCUCAGGUUGCCGAAGCUUUCUUCCAGGGGCUGUACGCGUACGGCGGCUGGUGGUCCCUCAACUACAUGGCAGAGGAGAUGAAACGCCCCAGCAGAAAUAUCCCCUUAACUGUGAUGACUGCUGUUCCUGCAGUAAUUGUUUUUUAUUUACUAGUGAACAUCUCAUAUCUGACUGUCCUCACACCUAAGGAAAUUGUCUCCUCAGUUGCUGUGGCAGUCACUUGGGCUGAUCGAGUGAUCCCCUCUGUGUCCUGGAUCAUUCCUCUCUCUGUUGCUGUCUCAAUAUUUGGUGCCCUCAACUGCAGCAUGUUCACACUCGGUCGAUUAAGCUAUGCUGGAAGUCAGUCAGGACAUUUGCCUCUUUUAAUAUCCAUGCUUAAUGUCCACUCCUAUACUCCAGCACCAGCCAUGAUUUUUUCAACCACCAUUGCAUCCAUUUUUAUCAUCCCCUCCGACCUUAUUAUGUUAACAAAUUACUUUGGAUUUUCUGCCUGGCUUAUGACUGGAUUGACUUGUGCAAGCCUGAUUGUACUUCGAUACCGGGAGCCUCAUCUACAUCGACCAUACAAAGUGUUUUUACCAGUUCCAUUUAUGAUGGUGGCGAUGUCUUUCUUCCUAGUUCUAGCUCCCAUUGUCUGGUCUCCAAACAUGCAAUAUGUUUACGCUUUCCUGUUUAUGCUUGGAAGUCUUAUUAUUUAUCUGCCUUUUAUACAUUUUAAAUUGCAUUUUGCAUUUCUUGAUAAAAUUACUUGCCACUUACAGCUCCUGUUAGAAGUCUGUCCUGCUGAUGGACCUGCUGAGGGCAAAUGUGAAUAAUGGCAGAUAUUUAAUCUCAGUACAGCUAAGAGCCAACAGAGGAUUUUGUUUAACUGAGACUAUAAGCAGUACAAUUUAGAUGUUGGUGUGAUACAUAGGUGUGCAUGCAUGCAUAUACAUAUAUAGAUGUAUACACAAUCAUUGCAAAUAUGCACAUAUAUUUAUGUAUAGGCACAGAAUCACAGAAUGAACUAGGUUGGAAAAGACCUUUGACACCAUCAAGUCCAGCCUAUGACCAAACACCUCCUCGUCACAUAAACCAUGGCAUUAGCAUAAAAGGUUAAUAUGUAUAUAUUUGUUUUUGUUUGCAUAAAUACAUAAAUAUAUAUGUAUACUAAUUUAAUAGGUGCAAAGGAUCUCUCUUAAGCCUGCAAAAUCUGUAAAAUGCUCUCUCCUGCACCUGAUAACACAGUUAAAAGUUGCAUAGAGUCUUGCAAUAAUAGAAAUAAGACUCGAUGACACUAGCACAAAUAAUUAUCAGUAUUAUCAUACAAUAAAUGAAUAAAUACAUAAUAGCAUAGUUAUAAAAAUACACUCACACUUUCAACUUGAAUUGUCUGGAUUAUUCGUAGUUAGCAGUAGCUCAUUGAGAAGAACUUCUGGUUUUAAAGCGUUUAUAUUUUUUUCAUCUGCUACUUUUUUGGCAUUUAUUUUUAAUAAAAGCCUUUGAAGACUA